UUGUCUCAUCACCAAAAACUCUUAGGGCACAUCAUCUUCCAAGUUCACCAAGAAGGCAGGCAUCGCAAAGGCACGCACGCAUCACAUAGGUUAAGAGGAUGCAAUAUGUGGCCACAUUAGUAUCUAGAAUAAUGCUUACGCAUCAUCGAUAGAUUUUUAUCUACUCUGUUCUGUUAUCUAAAUUUUGAACUCAUGGUUAUAUUACUCCCCAGUCAUUCAGCCACUAAGUUUCAUAUAUGUAUACAUCCCUUCCAUUCAUUCAAAAUAUUAAAAAACAGUAAAUAAUAUUAAAAAUAAAAGUAACACGUGUGAUGUAAGAACUACAUAUAAAAGGUUGACCAUAUUUUUCUGUUUUAAAAAAUAAGACUACCGACUACGAGACAAGAAAAAAUAAAACUACGAGUUGUUCGCUUCUCCGAAUGUAGCUCUCUCGAUGCAAAUUAAAAUUACUCUUUACAUUUCAAGUAGUGUUUUGACAAAAUAAUGCAAACCGGUUAACAUCUUUUUUUUUUGUCACAGACAAACCGGUUUACAUCUUAGAUCAAGCAAAUGGUUAGGAAAAAAAGAUUCCAUAGUAUUAACAUAUUUUAGAACUCUCAAUCAACAAAAGGUGCAUAUCUAUACGUGUUGUCGAUGCGAACCCUCUCUAGACAAAACGCUCACUACGUGACAUCUCUUUAGUGCAAAAGAAGUCUUAUCGAACUAAAAUGAUCAUCAUAAGGCCGAAAGAAGUCUAUUACCAAAAAAAAAGUCUCAUGGAACUACGAAAACAAGCUCACUUUUUACUUAAGAUCAUUGUGAGUUGAUGAGAUGUGACUAUCCAUUAUCAAUAUGUAAUCCCUUUCAAAAUGUAAGAACAUAUCUUUUUUUUGGUCAAAUGAACAUAAUAUUCAGACAAAGUAACAUAAAUUCAGACAAGAGGUUAUAAAUAUUAUUCUAUAAAUGGUUAAUUAAUUUAUGCAUAAGUUAAAAUUUACUUUCUUUACAAUAAUUUCGGGACCAAUGAGUGAAAUAUAUUAUAUCUACAUACUUUUGAUAAAUAUCUUUUUUAAGAUGGAAAAAUCUAAAUUUAUAUAUCUACAAUAAAAUGUAUAGUAACAAUCAACUAUAUAUUUAAAUUAGGGAAAUUAGGCCAAGUAGCUAAGAAAAAAAACAAAAUUAAAAAUCUAACCAAAAUCCCCUUCUCUCUCUCCAUCUCUCUCUACUCUCUCCCAAAAUCUAAUUUUUCUUUUUUUUGAUUAUUUAGCAAAAAAACCCUUUAAAUUAUUGUAUCAAAACAAUUAAUAAAUAAUAUUAUAAAAAAUACGCGCCGGAAAACCACUAAUACUUAUCUAGUCUUAAUAAAAUCUAGGGUAGAGGCUUAAAUAAUUCUAAGAGAAUUUACAAAGUUACUCCAAAAAGGGAAAAUAUUUAUAAAGAAAAAAAAAAGUGAAAAGGAAUUUUCCUAUUUCGCUGACCAAAUCAGAUAAAGAAAAAAAGAAACAACCUAAAGAGAUCCUCUGUCUCUAUAUAAACAGAACGAAAACGUAAGAGAAAUCUAUUCAACUCUUUCACGCUUUUUCGCUGUCUAGUUCUCCAAGGAAAAAAAAAACUCUUUUUACGUUCUCUCUAAGGGAAAAACCAUCAAACAAUGAGAGAUGACCAGCAGAAACUGAUCUCAUCAUUCAUGGAGAUUGCUAUUGGUCAAACCAAAGACACCGCAAUACAAUUCCUAAAGGAAACGAGCUGGAACCUUGAAGAAGCUAUUAACCUCUUUCUCAUUCACAGAGAGAAUCAACCUCAACGUCAGCAAAACGCAACAGAGCUGCAUAGGAGUGAUUAUCAAGAAGAAGAACAUAUCCCUCCUCCUUUACCUUCGAUUAGGGAUACUCUCUAUGACUCUUCUUACAUGUAUCAAACUCCGGUUCAAGUAUGUCCUGAAGAGAUCUGGGACGCGGAAUCAGAACCGUCAGAAGAUUCGGACACUGAUGUUGGACCAGAUUCCAAACCAGAACCCUCAGAAGAGCCGAGGAGGUUGUCUUCUUUGUACCGUGCUCCACUGAAACUUCUUUUCCAAGGUACGUUUGAAGAGGCGAAAUCAACAUCUUCUAGACAGAACCUAUGGCUGCUAGUCAACCUCCAGUCCACGACCGAGUUUACUUCUCACAUGCUAAACCGAGAUUUAUGGGCUAACGAAGUCGUUUCUCAAGCCAUUGAGUCUAGCUUCAUCCUAUCUCAAGUCUAUGAUGAUACCACCGAAGGAAAGAAAGUCUCUACUUUCUACCGCAUCGAAUCUGCUCCUCCUGUGGUGCUUCUCAUCGAUCCCAUCACUGGUCAGAAUAUGCGUUCUUGGAGUGGCGCAAUUGAAGCUCAUGGUUUCGUGGAGGAUUUGAUGAAGUACAUGGAUGAUGGUCCUCAUCAAUACAUGGCUUCUUCAACAAGAAACAAACGUAUGAAGACAGAUAAGAUUUCUUCUGAAAGCAGCCAGACUGGGAUGCCCGAACUUGCAGAGUCUUUAGAAACAAAGGAGGAGGAGGAGACUUGUUCUUCACGCAACCAGACUAUUGGUCACAUUGGGUUACCACUGUCUUGGGGGCCCGAGUUUGAAAAGUCUGCAGAAGUGAAGCAGGAGGAGAUUUGUGUAGAGUUUCCAGAUUUAACAGAAGAGCCAAAGGGAGACUGUGAUAAAAGCCUUGUGUGCAGUCUAUGUGUUCGGUUUCCAGAUGGGAGAAGAAAGCAGAGGAAGUUUCUCAAGACCGAACCUAUUCAGCUUCUCUGGUCUUUCUGUCAUUCUCAGAUUGUUGGGUCCGAGAAGAAGGCGUUUAAGCUAGUACAAGCGAUCCCUGGUGCUUCCAAGACUCUGGAGUAUGGAGCUAGCGCAACUUUCGACCAAUCUGGCCUCGCAAACUCGAUGAUCUCGGUUACUUGGGAGUGAAGAUUCAUUUACUAUUAUUAAAUUAUUUUCAUAUGUAAAUUUUGAUUGAUUUAUAGAAAGAAUGAGACAAUGACAUGGUGAAAGAAGAUUAAUGCCAUACAUGAUAACAUCUGCAAACCAGACUCUCCAAGUCAAAAGUUAUAACGUUUUACUAAUUCAAGCGACCUUGUUUGACAAUGACGGCUAUUACCUAUUUUCUUCACGUUUAUCUAAUCAUCAACAUGAUAAGUUGAUUUUAGUUCACAGCUUACUCCAAAUUGUCUCUUUUUUUUCUAUAUUAACAUUGCGUCAUUUGUGACCUCUGCUCCUCAACUAAAUCUGUUCUAUAAAUCAGCAACACUCUGAUCAACGGAGAUAAAAAUGAAUGAACGUUCAAACAUAGAUUACAACUGUGGUGUUUGAUUAAAGUUGUCAAAUGGUCCAUACAGCGCGCAAUUGGGUUUGCCAUACAUAUCAUUUUUAUUUUGGACAUUGUUGGUCGAACAAUAAUUGACGAUGGUCCAAAAACUUCAAUUUAAUUUUAAACUAGAUUUUAACCCGCACGUUCGUGCGGAUAUUUUUUCAUUUUAUAAAUGCAUUAGAUGUUAUUACAAAUUUUUUAAAUAUAAAAUUUUCAUUUUAGUAUUAUAUAUUAUGUAACUCUAUAAUAUUAUUGUUUAUAUUUUUUAUUCAGCAUUAUUCAUAUAUAGUGAUUUUUAA